GGGAGGGAGGGCGGUGAUUGGUGGACUCGGAUCUUCUUCAGAUGAAGAGGAGCAGCAGAAUCUCCGCGCGGACGGAACAGAACGGAUCGGAGCGGAUACGCGUCCUUUUUUUUUACGCACGUGCGCGCAGUGUGUGUGUAUGCAGUGUGUGUGUGUGUAUGCCGCGUGUGAGUGCGUGUUUGUGUGUGUGUGAGAGCGCGCGCGUGUGUGUGAGCGAGCGCGUGGGGUGCGGGAUCGUGCGUUUGGAGCUCGCGCUGUGUGGAUGAAUCGCGGGGAUGCUGGCGGAGGUGAGCGCGAGGGCUCCGUCCCGCACGUGAAGUGGAAUUAACCUGCGGGCGAGGCGCGCGCGCGACUGCUGCACCCCGAAUUGAUGAAGAGGAGGAGGAAGACGUAGCGCAGACGUCGCGGAGAGACAGCACGAUUAUACAUCUCGCAUUCAAGGGAGAAAAACCUUCCAUUCACAAGCAAUUGGAUGAGAGUCAUAUUUGCCCUUGGCAACCGAAGAUGACGUUACUAUGGAAACGACUAGCGCUGCUAUCAAUCAUGGGCUGCCUGGCAGCUUGUGCACAGGAAACACAAUUCCAUGGUCCGAGUUGGAGAAACGAACCCUCGGACCUGAUUCUACCCAUAAACUCCCCAAACCAGGAGGCUGUUCUAAUAUGCCAGGCGUCCGGCGUCCCGUCUCCACAGUACAGAUGGUCUCUAAACGGGACACUCAUUGAUCUCCGAGGUGACGAGAGGCGUCUCGUAUCUGGAGGGAACCUGAUCAUUAGAGGGCUGGACCGGGGCCAGGACUCCGGGGUCUACCAGUGCUCUGCCUCCAACACCCACGGAUCUAUCCUGAGCCAGAGAGCCAGUCUGCAGUUCGCAUAUCUGGAAAACUUCAAAACCCAGCCGAGAAGUGCCGUAAACGUGAGGGAGGGCCAGGGAGUCGUGCUGCUCUGUGGAACCCCUCUGCAUUCUGGAGAGCUGACGUUCGCCUGGGUCUUUAACGAGUACCCGUACUUCGUCCAGCAGGACAGCAGACGCUUUGUCUCUCAGGAGACGGGGAACCUGUACAUCGCUAAAGUGGAGCCGUCAGACGUGGGCAAUUACACCUGUGUGGUGAACAACAGCAUCACCAAGGACAAAGUGCUGAGUUCUCCCACCCCUCUGGUGCUGAGGAACGACGGGGCGAUGGGAGAGUACGAGCCCAAAAUAGAAGUUCAUUUUCCAGAAACCGUUCCUGCCGCUAAAGGAUCCUCUGUAAAACUGGAAUGCUUCGCCUUGGGGAAUCCAGUUCCCAGGAUCAGCUGGAGGAGAACCAGUGAUGUUCCGUUUCCCAGCAAAGUGAAGCUAAAAAACUCUAACGCUAUCCUGGAGAUCCCUCGCUUCCAGCAGGAGGAUACAGGAACGUACGAGUGCGUGGCGGAGAACAGCCGAGGGAAGAACGCGGCUCGAGGACGACUUUCAUUCCACGCUAAACCUCACUGGCUGCAGACCAUGACGGACACCGCCUUGUCCAUCGAGGAGAAUCUGUUCUGGGAGUGUAAAGCCAGUGGGAAGCCCAAGCCCUCCUACAGCUGGCUGAAGAAUGGAGAACCGCUCAUGCCUGAGGGUCGGGUUCUGAUAGAGAAUGGAGCUCUCAGCAUCUCCUCUCUGAUCCUGUCUGAUGGAGGGAUGUAUCAGUGCGUGGCGGAGAACAAACACGGCAUCGUUUACUCCAGCGCUGAACUGAUGGUUCUGGCUUCGCCACCGAGCUUCUCCCAGAGUCCGCUGAGGAGCAUCCUGAAAGCCCGAGCUGGAACUGAGGUGACCCUGGAGUGCAGACCACAAGCCUCGCCCAGAGCCAUGAGCCUGUGGAAACGAGGGAGCGAGAUGCUCCAGAAGAACGAAAGGUUCUCUUUCUUCCCUAAUGGAACGCUGAAGAUUAGUAACGUGACGAAGCGAGACGGAGGCAUUUACACCUGCAUCGCCAAAAACCAGUUUGGCAGCGCGAGCACGGCGGGCCGGCUGCUGAUCACCGAACCGACCCGGAUCACUCAGGCUCCCGGGAGUCUGGAGAUCAUCGUGGGCGAGAGCAUCGUGCUUCCCUGCCAGGUAACUCUGGAUCCAGCGCUGGAGGUGAUCUUCACCUGGACCUUCAACGGCCAGACCAUCGACUUCCUGCAGGACUCGGAUCACUUCGAGAGAGUCGGCGGGAGAAACGCCGGAGACCUGAUGAUUCGGAACAUCCAGCUUCACCACGGGGGGAAGUACGUGUGUGUUGUUGACACGGAUGUGGAGAGCUUGUCUGUGGAUGCAGUGCUGAUUGUAAAAGGUCCCCCUGGUCCACCAGACACAGUGCUGGUGGAGGAAAUCACGGACAGCACAGCCCAGCUGUCCUGGAGCCCCGGCAGGGACAACGGCAGCCCCAUCACCGGCUACAUCGUCCAGGCGAGGACGCCCUUCACCGUGGGCUGGCAGGCGGUGGAUACGGUUCCAGAGGUGAUCAAUGGCAACACCCUGACCGCUACCGUGGUGGAUCUGAACGCCUGGGUGGAGUACGAGUUCAGAGUGGUGGCCAGUAACAGUGUGGGUAUGGGGGAACCGAGCCCACCCUCACCCAAGACCCGGACUGAGGAUUCCAUUCCUGAUACGGCGCCCACUGAUGUAGGGGGAGGAGGCGGCACCAAAUCUGAGUUAGUGAUAACAUGGGAGCCCGUCCCCGAGGAGCUGCAGAACGGAGAGAGCUUUGGUUACAUCAUCGCCUUCCGGCCAAUGGGAAUGGUCACCUGGACGCGGGCGGUGAUUUCGGCUCCCAGCGUGGCGCGGUACGUUUACCGUAACGACUCGCUGCCGCCGUUCUCUCCUUACGACGUUAAAGUGGGAGCUUUUAACAAGCGAGGAGAGGGACCCUUCAGCUCCAUCGCCACCGUCUACUCCGCUGAGGAAGUGCCGAGCUUCGCUCCGGAGAGACUGACGGCCCGGAGCCUCACCGCCUCCGACAUCCAGGUGACCUGGGAGCCGGUUCAGUCCAGUCCUGAGAGAGUGCUCGGCUACGAGGUGGUGUAUUGGGAAGAUGACACCAAACCGGACACUGUAGGCCGAGUGAGGAUCAAUGGGAACUCCACAGCCGCCAAUGUUAGCGGUCUAGAUGGAAACACCUUGUACUUCUUGGCUGUUUGCGCCUUCAACACGGCUGGAACUGGACCUCAAUCUUCUCCAGUUAACGCUACCACCAAGAAACCACCUCCUAGUCAGCCUCCUCAGGGUGUGGAGUGGAGUCUGAUUGGCUCACAGCUCACACUGCAGUGGGAUCCAGUCAUAGCUCUGGAUACGGAGUCGGAGGUCACUGGAUAUGUAGUAUUAUACAGGCGGCACCGGAACAACGACAUGUACACCAUCACCACCAACAAAACCAGCGUGGAGCUGAACCUCUCCCCCAACGACAACUACGUCAUCCAGAUAAAGAGCCUGAGCGAAGGAGGACUGGGGGAGGGCUGCGAACCCAUCCACAUCCACCAGCUCAGUAUGGGCGCUCGAGGUUCAGGAGGAGCUAGACCCGGCUGUCUCUCUCUCUCUCCUGUACUCUUUACUGCACUGGUGGCUCUCGGCGCCUCCUGAUGGUUUUCUCCAGUAAACGCUGCCUCCUCCACA